AUCUUCUGCUGCCUUCCCAGGAGCUGUAUCAGAAGUGGAGCAGCCAGGACUCAAACCAUCACAGCUUAACCCCCUGCACCCCGACCCUAGAGAGGUGAAAGCGUCAUCGUAUAUCCCCUUUCUUGGAACACUAACCCGGUGACUGUCUUGGGUUUUUUGAAAGCCGGAUGACCGUGUGCUUGCUGUGAGUUAGUCCCGGCGAGAGGCAGCGGGAUGUGUCCGUGCAGUUUGUGUAUGGUAUCAUCGCAGAGUGUGCGAGGCGCCGUGGCCGCCGUCAUGAGUCGCUUCAAGUUUAUCGAUAUUGGUAUCAACUUGACAGAUCCUAUGUUCAGAGGAAUUUAUAGGGGAGUUCAAAAGCACCAAGAUGACUUGCAGGAUGUAAUAGAGAGAGCUGUCCAGAUUGGUGUUAAGAAGUUUAUGAUUACAGGUGGAAAUCUGCAAGACAGUAAAGAUGCGCUGCAUUUGGCACAAACAAAUGAUAUGUUUUACAGCACAGUCGGAUGUCAUCCUACAAGAUGUGAUGAAUUUGAAAAGACUGGCCCUGAUCUUUACUUAACGGAGUUGCUUCAUCUUGCUGAAAACAACAAGGGCAAGGUUGUGGCAAUAGGUGAAUGUGGACUUGAUUUUGACCGACUACAGUUUUGUCCCAAAGAGACUCAGCUCAAAUAUUUUGAAAAGCAAUUUGAACUGUCAGAACAAACAAAGUUGCCAAUGUUUCUUCAUUGUCGAAACUCACAUGCCGAAUUUUUAGACAUAAUGAAAAGAAACAGGGACCGCUGUGUAGGUGGCGUGGUGCAUUCAUUUGAUGGGACCAAGGAAGCUGCUGCAGCUCUCAUUGACUUGGAUCUUUACAUAGGUUUUAAUGGUUGCUCACUAAAAACUGAAGCUAAUUUGGAAGUUUUGAAGUCAAUACCUAGUGAAAAAUUAAUGAUUGAGACAGAUGCUCCUUGGUGUGGAGUCAAGAAUACACAUGCUGGAUCAAAAUUUAUAAAAACCUCAUUUCCCACCAAGAAGAAGUGGGAAAAUGGGCAUUGUUUAAAAGACAGGAAUGAACCCUGCCAUAUAAUUCAAAUACUGGAGAUAAUGGCGGCAGUAAGAGAAGAGGACCCCCUGGAAUUAGCCAACACACUUUAUAACAACACCAUUAAAAUGUUUUUUCCUGAUAUUUAAUUGGCAUAUGUCUUAUACAUUCCAUGAUAUUUGUAAAAUUUCUUGGCAAAAUGUAAUGUCAGCUAUAAUAAAGAGAUGCUCUGGAAGCUGUCUAAAGA